UAACUGAAGAUCAUAUUAAUUUAAAUAAACAAAAUAUCAAUUGGAUCGAAACAAUAAAACCAAUUUUCAUUCAAAGUAACACAUUAUCCGAAGCAAUGAAAAGUGAAUCCGAAGACGAACUCCAACGUGAAAUAACAAUAUUAAAUUUAGAAAUUGAUCAACUAAUUCCUGAGUUUGUAAUUCUAGACGAUAUGGACGAUGCAAAACGAGUUCAAGAUUAUCGGGAAUAUUUACAAGGUCUUGUGAGAAAAAUGCAUCAAAUUGAAAAAAAGAUUUAUCAAAUUAAUUUUGAGGAGAGAUUAUUUAAAUUUCCUGAAACAAAUUUUCCCAAAGACAUGGAGUUACGAGAAGUUAUUGAACCAUUUUCAGCUCUUGUUCAAUUAAUUUGUGAAUGGCAACGUGAUCAUGAAGUCUGGCUAAAAGGUCCAUUUGAAUAUCUUGACGCCACAGUGAUUGAACGUAAAACAAAAUAUUUUCAUCAAGAAAUCAGCGAGAGUAAUAAAACAUUUAAAUCAAAAAUUAAAAUGGAUGUUACUGCCAAUAAGGCGUAUAAAUUUUCUGGAAUUGUUGAUGAUCCAGAUCCAAUGCAACAACCAGCACCGCUAAAAUUAUGUUGGCAAGUUCUUAAAGAUAUUAAUAAUUUUAUUAAUUUUGUUCCACUUGCCAUUUGUUUUUGUAAUCCUGCUCUAAGAAAACGUCACUGGAAUGAAAUGUCCUCAGUUUCUGGAUUUAAUCUUCAACCAAAUGCGGGAACAACUCUGAAAACAUUUGAAGAAAUUUGUCAAACUUAUUGUCUCAAUGAAAAUGUAAAUUUUAAACUUAAACUUAUACAAAUUUACGAAAUGAUUUAUGCACGUGAUGGAAUUAUAAUAAUAGGUGAACCAUUAGCGGGAAAAUCGACAGUUCUAAAAAUAUUGAGAGAAAUUUUAAUAUUAAUCAAAGAACAAAUUAUCCUCGAAACUAUUAAUCCGGGAGCAAUUUCAAUUGAUCAACUCUAUGGUUAUUAUAACAAAAUCACAAAAACAUGGAAAGAUGGAAUUUUUUUGAAAAUAUUUCGUGACAAAUUAAAAAAGUGGAUCAUCUUCGAUGGACCAAUUAAUAAUUGGAUUGAAAAUUUAUAUUCCCUUUUGGAUGACAAUCGAACAUUAAUUUUAAAUUCACAUGAAAAAUUAACAAAAUCCUCGGAAAUGAAAUUUUUCAUCGAAACUUUAGAUCUUGAACAUGUUUCACCUUUAACGAUUUCUCGUUUUGGAAUCAUAAAUAUACAGAUUGAAGACUGGAGAAAUUAUCUGAAACCUUUAAUCAAAAAUUUAGAGAUAAAAAUUUUGGAAAAUUACGAAAUCAUUGUUUAUUCACUUUUUGAUUGGACAAUCGAUACUUGUGUGAAAUUUAUUGAAAAAAAUUGUCAAACAAUUGUGAAAGUGAAUAAUAUACAUUUAGUAAUGUCCACUUUUAAUUUAUUUCGUAUACUCCUAAGAGAAGCCUUAAUAGAAAAUUCUUUCGAAAAAGGAAAACAGGAAUAUUUAAUGUCAUGGGUACAAGCAAUUUUUAUUAUUUCUACAAUUUGGUCAUUAUCAGGAACACUGGACACUAAUUCUUUAAAAUUAUUCAAUUCCUUUUAUCUCUCAUUAUGGAAUUCAUCGACCGAAAAUCGACCCAAUUGUUUAAAACAAAUUGAAAUGUCAUUUCCAAAUGAAGGUUUAUUAACCGAUUACAUAUAUAUUUUUAAAGGAACCGGAAGUUGGAAACAUUGUAGCGAUUUAAUGAAAAAUGAAAAAAUUCUCGAAAAUCCUGGAUUUAAAGAUAUUUUCAUUCCAACUGUUCAUUCAAUGAAAUAUUCUCUAAUAUUUCAAAAACAUGUGAAUCAAAAGAAACCAUUUAUUCUCUGUAGUGACGAAACAUUAGGAAAAACUUCUCUACUUCAAGAUUUAUUUUCCAAUAAAUUACCAGAAACAUUUACGACAAAUAAUUUUCAUUUUACAUCGCGAAUUACAGGGCAAAAAGCACAAAGAUUAUUUCUUUCGAAAUUAAUAAAAAGAAAACGUGACGAUUAUGGUCCAUUGAAACAAUUUUGUAUCAAUUUUAUAGACAAUUUUAAUUGUGAUUAUUUUCUUGAAAAUAAUUCAACUUUAGAAUUAUUGAGACAAUUUUUCGAUUAUGGACAUUGGUAUGAUAUUGAGAAUUCAAAAAUUUUCAUUCACGACACAACAUUUAUAAUGGAAAUGAAUAAGAUUAAUAAAAAUAUUUGUCGACGAUUUUUGCGACAUUUUAAUAUUUACAUGAUGCAUAUACCAUGUAAAGAGAGUAUAUUUAAAAUAUUUACAAAUCUUUUGUUUCUAAAUUUAAAAAAAAAUUCCUUUGCAAUGGAUGUAAUGCCAAGUUUAAAUGGAAUUGUUAAUGCGACGAUUGAAUUUUAUUUUUCGAUAAAGGAAAAUUUGAAACCAAUUCCUGACAAGUUACAAUAUAUUUUCAGUUUAAAGGAUAUUUCAAGAAUAAUACGUGGCUGUAGUAUUGUUCAGAGAGAAUCAGUCGAGACGAAAAUAACUUUUAUUCGUCUCUGGGUUCACGAAGUAUUUCGUGUAUUUGCCGAUCGAAUAAUCGAUGAGAAUGAUGAAAAUUGGUUUUUCUUGAAAUUAAAAGAAUGUGUGAAAUCAAAUUUUAAAGAUUCGUUUGAAUCGGUUUUUGAUCAUCUACCAAAAUCCAAACACGACGAAUUGACAAGCGAUAGUUUUAAAUUUUUACAUUUUGGUAAUUUUAUGGACGAGAAAAAUGAUUCGCAAAAAUAUGAAGAAAUCAAUUCAAUGGAAAAUUUACUAAAUAAAGUGAAUUCAUUUAUUAGCGAUUAUAAUGCAGAGAAUAAAAUAAAACUCGAUAUUGUCAUUUCUCGUUUUAUUAUCGAGCAUUUAAUUCGAAUUUGUCGAAUAAUGUCAAUACCGGGUGAGAAUUUAUUAAUGAUUUGCUCAAGUGGUUUCGGUAGAAAAUCAUUAAUUAGACUCGCGAGUUUCAUGGAAAAACAAAAUUUAUUCGAACCAAAUUUAGACUUUUACUAUAAUCUUGAAUCAUGGCGACGGGAUUUAAAAUCCCUUUUCAAAAAUUGUGCCAGUAAAAAUGAAGAUUAUACAAUUUUAGUAACAGAUCGUGAUUUAAAGGAUGAAUUUCUAGACGAUGUGAUGAGUUUAUUGGAAACUGGUCAAAUUCCAGAAUUAUUUAAUCACAAUGACGAGAGGGAAAUUGUCAAUAAAGUUCGUUUAGCAGCUCAAAAUGGAAAUCGAAAUCUUGAAUUAACAAUAUCCGAAGUUUUAGAUUAUUUCACAAAAGAAUGUAAAAAGAAACUUCAUCUCAUUGUUUGUCUAUCUUGGAUUAAUUUCACUAAAUUGGGUAAAAAUUUUCCUUUAACAAAAUCAUGUACAAUUAAUUAUCUUUCAUCAUGGCCAAAAGAAACAUUUGAAAAAGUAUCUAAAAAAUUUCUUAAAGAAGUCCCAAUGAAGGAGGAAAUAAAAACAGAGAUUAUUGUAUGUUUUCAAUUUUUUCACACCAAUAUUGUUAGUGAAAUUGAAAAAAAUUUGAAAAUUCAAAUUACCCCGACAAUUUUUGUUCGUCAUGUGAAAUUGUAUAGAAAAAUAAUUCUCGCUAAACAAAAGGAAUUAAAAAUUGCUAAAAGUAAAUAUAUGUCGUGUUUGGAGAAAUUAAAACUCGCCUCGAAUCAAGUCGAUCAAAUGAAAAAAGUUCUAAUGACAUUGAGACCACAACUUGAAUCGUCAGCUGAACAAACGAGAAUUACGAUGGAAGAAGUAGAAAAUGAAAAUUUAGCGGUUGAAAAAGCGACAAUAAUUGUCAAAGAUGAGGAAAAAAUUGCUAACGAUAAGGCUGAAAUCGCUGGUAAAUUGCGAACAGAAUGUGAAACUGAUUUAGCAGUUGCAAUUCCAAUUCUCGAGGAUGCAAUAUCAGCUCUAAAUACUUUAAAACCAGCCGAUAUAACUCUAGUGAAAGCAAUGAAAAAUCCUCCUGACACUGUGAAAUUAGUAAUGGCUGCUGUAUGCGUAAUGCUCGAUGUACCAUCCGAGAGAAUACUCGAUCCCGUGACAGGUAAAAAAAGUUCCGAUUAUUGGGGUCCAAGUAAACGUGUUCUAGGCGAUAUGAAUUUUCUGCAAAAUUUAAAAGACUACGAUAAAGACAAUAUUUCCCCGUCAAUAAUGCAAAUAAUUAAAAACACCUACAUGACUGAUAAAAGUUUCCUUCCACACAUUGUCGCAAAAGCCUCAAGUGCCGCCGAAGGUCUCUGCAAAUGGGUUCGCGCAAUGGUUUCCUAUGACGAAGUCGCCAAAGCCGUUGCGCCGAAAAAAGAAAAAUUAGCCUUGGCCCAAAAAGAAUGCGACGAUGCCGAGGCAUAUUUAACGGAAAAACGCGAAACACUCGCCGAUUUAAAUGAGAGACUGGCAAAUUUAAAAACAAGUCUCGAAACAGUUUUAGCCAAAAAACAAGAACUUGAGAAAGAAGUCGCUGAUUGUACGGACAGAUUACAAAAAGCCGAGAGUCUUUUAACGAGUUUAGGAGGUGAAAAAAGUCGAUGGAUCCGUUGCACUGAUAAUUUACAAAAAUCAUUUAAUUCAUUACCCGGUGAUAUUCUCCUAGCCUCUGGUCUUAUUGUCUAUCUCUCUUCGUUUAUUCUCCCAAAACGAGAAUUAUUCCUUCAAAAUUGGACCCAAUUCGUCAAAGAUCAUAAAAUACCAAUAAGUGAUAAUUUCCAAUUUACCAAAAUUCUAGCCAGUGAAAAUCAAUUUUACUCCUGGUAUCUCUCUCAUCUUGUUGAAAAUCCCUUUAUUCAUCAAAAUGCCGUAAUUAUGGAUAUCUCUCACAAUUGGUGUCUAUUCAUUGAUCCACAAAAUCAAGCCAAACAAUGGAUAAAAAAUCUGGAAAAAGAUUUAAUUAUUAUCAAAUCGUACGAUAAAAAUUGUAUCGACACAAUUUGCAAUUGUAUAAAACUCGGAAAACCGAUUUUAAUCGAAAAUUUCCAAAUUCUACAAGCAUGGUUAGAUCCAAUUUUUUAUUGUUCAACAUACAUGGAAGAAGAAAAAAUUUACAUUGAAAUAAAAAAUGAAAAAAUUCCCUAUUCUGAAAAAUUUCGUUUCUACAUAACUGGAACAAUUUCAAAAAUAACAACGGAAAUUUUUAAUCGUGUCACUCUUGUUAAUUUCACAUUUCCCGAGGAGGCAUUAACGGAAAAUUUACUCGACAUUGUGAUUGCUAAGGAAAAUUAUCAAAUACAGGAUAAUUAUGAAAAAUUAUUGUCAGAAUUGUCACACGAUAAAAUGGCACUCAAUAGAGAAGAGGAAAAAGUUUUGAAUAUACUCUCAACAUCCAAUGUUAAUAUCCUUGAAGACAAAAAAGCAUUGAAAAUUUUAGAUUCUUCGAAAAAUACAUCAAUCGAUAUUUUAAAACGCAAUCAAACAACAAUAAAAGAAAAAAAUAAAAUCGAAUUAUUUCGUCAAGGCUAUAGGGAAUUUGCUCAAUAUUCCGCGCAACUUUAUUCCAUUAUCAAAAGUUUGGCAAAUUUACAUCAAAUGUAUAUUUUUUCCCUACCCUGGUACUAUCAACUCUACACAAAAUCAAUAGAAAUUUCCAAACGUAGUACAAUUUUACAAAAACGUUUAGGUUUCUUAAAAUUCCAAAUUACGAAAAAAUUACAUUCGAGCGUUAAAAAUACCCUCUGCGAGAAAGAUAAAUUAAUAUUCUCAUUUAUACUGUGUUUAAAAAUGUUACAAGUGAAGGGAAAUAUUUCUCAAGAUGAAAUCAAUGCCUUUUGGAAAAUAGAAAUUAAUUUAGAAAAACAAUGGAAUCGAGAAAAAUUUGAAGAAAUAAUUUUUCAAAUAAAUUCAAACCUCGGUGAAAAUUUUCGUCAAAAUUUACAAGAAUGGAAAAAUUAUUUCCAUAAUCCACGAGAAUCAAUUAUUAAAGAAAUGAAUUUUGAAAAAUUGAUAAUUAUGAAAAUAAUUCGUCCCGAUCGAAUUCUGGUGUCCAUUAUCGAUUUUAUUGAAACAACUCUUGGUAAUUUGGAAGUAAAAACUAAAUUUCAAACAUGUGAUAUUUCAUUGGGUUUUGAUGAAUCCACAUGUUUAAGUCCAUUAAUUUUUAUUCUACCAAGUCAUGUGUCAAUUUUACCAAUUAUUUUUAAAUUUGCAACACAAAAAAGGUGCGCUUCAAAAUUAUUAUCACUCUCACUAGACGAGGAUCAAACGGAAAAAGCUGAAUUUCUAAUUAAAGAUGCGCAAAAAAAUGAAAAAUGGCUUUUCUUAGAAAAUUGUCACUUGGCUCAAAAUUGGUUACCUAAAUUAGAAAAAAUUAUUGAAAAUUUCAAUGCCACGAAUACAUCACUUGGAUUUCGCCUAUGGCUUUCAACUUUACCCACUGAUAAAUUUCCACCAAGUAUUUUGCAAUCAGGAAUUAAAAUCUCCUGUGACACUCCAAUUGGUUUAAGAGAAAAUUUAUUAUCAAUUUACAUUUCCGAGCCAGUUAGUGAAAAAAAAUUCUUCGAUGGCUGCCCAGGAAAGGAUAAAAUUUUUUCCAAACUAUUAUACUCAUUAAGUUUUUUUCAUGUCAUUUUAAAAAAAAGAAAAUACUACGAUCAUCGAGGAUGGAAUUUAAAUUACAAUUUUAAUCAAUCAGAUUUCUCCCUAAGUGCAAUACAACUUCAAAGUCUUAUUAACACAAAUCAAGAAAUACCUUUUCAGCCAUUUUUACAUUUAAUCAAUGAAUGCAGUUAUGGAAGUAAAAUAACAAAUCAAUUCGAUAGAAAACGUUUAGGAAUUUUUAUAGAUGAUUUUUUUAAUCCUAAAAUAAACGAACCAUUUUAUUCAUUUUCUCAUGAAGUGGGAUUUUCAAUGCCAAGAAGACACGAGUACAAUGACUACAUCAAACAAAUAAUGGAAAUUGGAAAUGACUGUAAUCCGGAAUUUUUUGGUCUUGACGAGAGUGGAGAAGUAAUUAAAAAUUUAAAACAAGUGAAAAACUUUCAACAUUCUUUCAAUGUUUUAAAUGAAAUUGAAUUUGAUGUUAAAAUUGAAAUGAAAAUGGUUCUAGAAAUAAUUUACCAAAUUCGUGAAAAAAUGAAAAAAAGGUUUGAUGUGGAAGAAAUAAAAGUAAAAUAUCCAAUUAGUUACAAGGAACCACUGCACGGAAUAUUGAUACAUGAAAUUGAAAUUUUCAAUUUUAUUUUAACAUAUUUGGAAAAUUCUUUUUGUGACAUCGAAAACGCCUAUAGUGGUAAUGUAAUGUGGAAAACGGAAUUUUACGAUUUAAGUAAAAAUCUUAUCUUGAAUUUCAUUCCUGAAUUUUGGAAAACAAAACUAAAUAUCACAACUUGUUUAAUUUCUACCUUCAUUGAAAAUUUACGAGAACGAAUUAAUUUCCUGGAAAAUUGGAUUAAUCACGGAAAUCCAAAAUCGUUUAAUUUAGGAUUAUUAGAUUCAAGUAAAGCUCUUCUAAUUGCAAUUAAAAUGACAUUUGCGAGAAUUAAAAAUCUUUCAAUUGAGGAUAUUAAUUUUAACUUUGAAAUAACGUCAACGUUUGAAUUGACAAAUUCUAUUGAUUUUCAAUUUUAUGGAUUAUUAUUACAAGGUGGACGAUGGAAUAUUGAUAAGAAAAUAUUGGAAAAUAAUUUUUCAAACACAAUUUGGCAUCAAAUGCCUUUGAUAUGCUUAAAAGAGAAAAUUAAAUGUAAAGAUAAUUUUAAAUUAAAUGAUAGAUACAAUUGUCCCCUAUAUAAAGUACCAUAUCAAAGAAAUUGUGAAAAUUAUUUAGAUGAUGAGAAUAAUUUUAUUAUAAAAAUACCUUUAUUAAGUGAGAUUGACGAGAAAUAUUGGAUUAAAAAAGGCACUGCAUUAUAUUGCAGAAAAGAAUAAAAUUUUAGUUUUUU